AGCAAGUAACAUUGUAUUGCUCAUUUCUACAGGAACUACAACAUUAGAGCCUUUUUUAAAAUACAUUUCGUAUUUCUGUUAGAAAGGAGGCGUUUAUAGUCAGUUAGAGUUACGGUCGUAACGGUGUGAAAGCAGUAAAUCAGCUCGUAGAAAACACACUGGCGCAUUGUUUCAUUUACUUCGUUAUUAGUCUGAAGCUUUUCCUCCAGAACGAUGAACUAUUCCGAUUACGACUCCGACGGAUAUUCGUCUAAUGAAGACGCAGACUACGUCCCCUCAGAUGAUAACCUCAGCGAGGAUGACAUUAACGAGUGUGAAAAGGAAGACCCUCUGCACGAGGAUGACGAUGUGCCACACCCUGACGUUGUCAGCAAGAAGAAGAGGAAGAAAAAGGACCUCAGUGUGAGAAAGAGGAAGAAAGGAGUACUGAAAGUGGAGAAGGAAGAGGCGGAUGGAAGUGGGGCAGAACAGACACAGCCGCCACAGGUAGAGGCGGUAAAGUCCGCCAAGGUAGAGGAUGGUGAUGAUGAUGAAGCAAGGCAGAAGAAAAAAUCUGAUGACCUGUGGGCGAGUUUCCUGUCUGAUGUUGGAUCCCGACCCAAAGAAUCCACACCUGCCGCACAGUCAGGUAGCACACAGAAGGCUGAUUCUUCAGUAUCGAAGUCGGCUCCUUUGAGUAAUGAAACAAAAGCAUCAGAUCCCACUAAAAUCACCAUCACCAAAGUUUUUGACUUCGCUGGAGAAGAAGUAAGGGUGAAUAAAGAAGUGUCAGCAGACUCCAGAGAAGCUAAGAGUUUUCUGAGGAGCCAAAACACCGAACAGGAGGAGAGUGGAGACGAGAAGAGCUCAUCACCUAGUCAACUUCCUGGACCCAGUGCGAAGCGGGCAGCAGGCAUGUCGAGCAUCCUGAGUCGUAUCGGGGGAAAGAAGCAGAAGAUGAGCACGCUGGAAAAGUCCAAGAUGGACUGGGAUGCUUUUAAAUCAGAGGAGGGCAUCACAGAGGAGCUGGCCAUCCACAACAGAGGCAAAGAGGGGUAUGUGGAGCGGAAGAACUUCUUGGAGCGAGUCGACCACCGCCAGUUUGAGUUAGAGAAAGCAGUGCGACUGAGCAACAUGAAAUGAAAACACAGGCUGACAGCACGCACACACACGCACACACACACCACACACACACACACACACACACACUCUCUCACACACACACACACACACACACACACACACACGCACACAC